AUGGAACAUGUUGCAUCAUCAUGCCUUAUUUUUUUUGCUUUAGUGACAUUUUUCAUCGCAAUGCCAUUUGCGACUGGAUUUUCACUUACUAAAGGGAACAGUUACCUCGCAAAUUAUGUCAUAAAAACUCUCUUUGUGCAAGACUGGAUUAGCUGCACCUUAGCCUGCCAAGUCGAAGAAAUGUGUGUAUCGUACAAUUACAACACGAUUACGAGAGCUUGUGAUUUGAAUGUAGAAGGUAUCCACGAACCUUUAACCGGAGCAGACGAACUGGUGAAAAUGCAUGGAGUGGUCUUUCAUCAGAUCAAGGUAAGAAUAUCACGAUCGCCCCUCCACUUCCAUACUUGACUGUUUUGCUUUCAUUUUACUUAUUCAAAACUCAACUUUGCGGUAGAUAAUAUAUACUGGUGCAUUUCUUGCUUCUUCAUAUAAAGGCAGUCAGGAAACACUGGUUCAUAUAUUACACGCAUAUUUUCUUUAAUAAAGGAGAUUGUAGUUCAUAUUAUACUCGCAUACUUUCGUAAAAACUUAACUGGAUCAUAUACAUAACUUUGAGUUUCUAAAUACUGUUUCCCCGCGCAAAAAUAAUAGUAAAAUAAAUAAUAUUCUUCUUUACCAAUAUAACAUGAUAUGGUGUUCAAGGAACUAAAUGAAACUAAAAGAGAGAGUUAAAGUUGCAUUGAGUUAUUAAAUGGCAGGCCUUUUUUGUGAUGUGGACUGACUGAGUGGUUGAUCACGUCUGAUACCCGGGCCAAUACAUAAUGUUGUUUCUCCACGAAUUACCUAGGCAUCAUUAAAAAGAGCAUCUAAACUCGAAUCUGAACUCGAAUUUUCCCAUUUUCGCCAUUUUUUUUCGUCUUAACAUGUUUGCGAUGUACCACUAAGUGACAGUAAUUAUACGAUUAGUAUGAGGCCAGCUAUCAGUCAGUAAUAUUUAAAAACUAGAAUGUUAGUGAAGAACACCACGAUUAAAUUCAAGGCUUUUUAAAUGAGAAGGUAAAGUAGAAAUGACAACCAUGUAAUUCAAGGACAGUAUUUUGUAUUCUGUAGUUUCUUGAACACAAUUAUCAAAUGAUGAAACGUCAUUGUUCACGAUAUUCCAUUUCCAAGGAAUAUUAAUGACACUUUUACUCGAUUAUUCGCUUGCAAGAGCACAGUUUGCCUGACGGUUGUUGCAAAAUUGGUAAUGCUCUCUAUUACCUUUGCUGUUGAAAGGGCUCCAAAAUAAUUUCAUUUUGCUCAGACAUCCCGAAGAUAAUAAGGAUGCUCAUCAAAUAUUCUCCUAGUUGAAAUCAGAGACAUCAAAUAUAUUAUUGACUUCGAAAUUCUAUUUUGCUUUGUUCGUGUGCAAUAUGGUAAUUAGAUUGUUAGCAGUUAUAUUGCGAAGAAGCCCAGGGUUGUGAUCACAAAUCAUGCCAGUGAUAAUUUGCAAACAUCCCCCAAACAAGAAGAGCUAAGAAAAAGUGAAAAAAGAAAAACAUAGUAACAAAUAUCCACAGUGGCAGUAAGUUUUAUGAAAUAAGUUCGGAACAUGAUCUUGUCACUCCACCUAACAAAUACAGCGCAAUAUUGGGACUUGUAUUUUCCUUAGAAAUAAUUAAUAGGAAGUAUCUGCCAUGAUGGAGGAAGUAAUAAUACGUUAUAUUGACUUCACUGAACUAGCUUUCCUAAAAAGAAUAUAGAGCGUUGAUUCUCUUUCAUUGUCAUUUCGUUUUGGUCUUGUCCAGUUAGAUAGUAAAAGACUGUACAAAAUUGAUCCUGCGUCUCAGUAGAAAGCGUCUGCUAAAACUUCGUGGGUCGCCGGCAUGUUAUAUCGUGACUUUCUUUCCUGAUAGUUGUCUUACAUUAAUGAACGUCAUAGUGGUGUCACGUGUACAUCAAUGCGCUUGCGUAGAAUGAGAACAGGGAAUAAAAGAACUAGAACUACUAUGUUAAGUAUGGCUCGUUUUAUUUAAUAACUUCGUUCUUGGACUUCCAAGUUACAACAUCUGGCGACGAUGAUGGGAUACAGUUGGCAACUUUCCGCUAUUUCCUAAACUGGAUGACAUUCUUUUACUUAAUUUUUUUCGUUUGUGCUCACACACACGUGUUCGCUGGAGAGUUUGCGAAUCCCGCCAUGGCUUCACCGUUGUUUGGUUUUGUUGUGAAUCCGGUCCGUUCUCUGAGACGUUAACGGCUUACCUUAAAAGGGUUGUCCAGUUCUUUGUAGCCAACGAUAUUGGAAAAUGUGCUCAGGAUGCUUAUGCGGUUGUUAUUCGGGCGGCUAAUCAGAAAAAGAUCGCCGUGAUAGUUUCCGCAAUUGGUAAGACGACUUACAGCACUCUUCGUGAUUUGUACAGCCCUACCAAUACAAAAGACAAAACAUAUAUGUGAGGCUUUAUGUGAACUGCUGCAACGACAUUUUAAGCCCAAGCGAUUUGAAGUUGCCGAAUCCUACAGAUUUUAUCGAUGUUGUCAAGAAAAUGGGACCUUGUCGGUUUACAAUGCGCGAUUAAGACAUUUGGGUGCCACUAGUAUUUUUGGCGAAUUCCUGAACUGCUCGCUCCGCGACCACUUUGUGUUUGGUAUUCGGAAUCCUGCGACUCCAAAAAAACUGUUGAGUGUAGACCGAACCUUUCAAGAGGCUCUCCAAGUGGCUAUCGCCGACGAGAUGGCGGGUAAAGAGACUUUGGAAGUGUAACAGCAACAAUUGCCUCAACGAGUGAGUUCAGUUGCGAAGGAGUUGUCUGCCUUACCGUCACCUUCUGCGUCUACUUCGCGGCUGUCUCCUCGCCAGACCUCUUCCACAUCUCAGCCGGUGGCUUCUUAUACUUGCUUUUCAUGCGGUAGUUUUAACCAUCUAAGAUCUAAAUGCAAAUUUAGGAAUACUGUUUGUCGCCAUUACAAGUUACGCGGACAUAUUGCUCGAGUUUGUAAGAAGGGCGGAGUAACUGCCAUGAGUUUCGAAGAGCUGCUUGAGGAAAAAUUACCUGAGGAAGAUGAGUUGUACGUGGUGGACGCUAUUUAUGCAAUAUCCAGGUCUGAAAUUUCGUGCCACUGAAGAUUGAAGACAAGGAUUGUCUGAUGUAGUUAGACACUGGGUGUGCGUUAUCUCUCGCCCCUAUUACUUUCGGGAGGAAGUCUGCCCUGGUGUUGAAAUGAAAUCUACAAAGCUUGUGCUGUUGACAUACAAAGCUGAGACUGUGCGUCCCUUAGGAGAAGCACAUAUGAAGGUUGAGUACAUUGGAUCACAGUACACGCUGCUUUUUCGAAUUGAACGUAAGGGAACUGGUGCUUUGUUUGGUCGAAACUGUCUUACAGAUUUCAACCUAGAUUGGAAGAAUCUGCCAGGUUUGAAUCACAUUGAACCUUUGCAAAGCCGUCCCUCUGUCCUUGAGAGAAAAAGUGAAUUAUUACAGACCCAACUUGGAUGUUAUACUGGGGAACCGGUUGUACUAAAUAAAAGGAAAGAACGCAAAUUCCAUAAAGCGUGACCAGUUCCUUAUGUAUUCACUUAUGUCUAGAAAUGCAUGCAAUGGCGGAAAUGGCGAAAAAUGGCCAGCCUCUGAUGAUUUGAAUUGGAUGCCAAAGGUGGCCCCUUGGAGACUGGCGAUUUUGGCGAAAUUGGCGAUUUCCGCGAAAAUCGCCAGAGGGCUGAUAAUAUCCAGAAUGUGGCAAAUAUUCAGAUUGGAUGCCAAAAGUGGCCCCUUCAAAUUAGAUAACUAAAGACGUACCUAUAACUGUGAGGCAACAUUACUAAGAAAAAGGUCCCACUACAUAGCUAAUAAGAGGCCCCAAAAACUGUGAGGGAACCUUUAUCAAAUACAACUGAAUCAAAUAUAUCAGAAAACGGCUUUACCUAACUGUGACGCAACAUUUAUCAAAUACAACUGAAUCAAAUAUAUAUCUGAAAACAAUGAAUGGAAGUCGUUUCAGUUAAGCUUAUGUAUUUGUGUCAUGUUCUUCACAGGUUAAGUAAACAUUUUCUUAUUAUUACUAUCGAUGUCGCUUGACUUACCAAUAAUUCAAAGUUAAGUCGUGCGCUGAAAUAUCACACUAGCAUCGUUGGCUUUUGUAUGGUUUAUCCCAUUCAAGGUCUUACAAAAGGAAGAGAGUCAACCAAACCAAAUCUCAUGCCCCACAGCUAGUCCACUAAUUACUCGAGAACACAACCUUCAAGUCCUCGAAAUGAUAAUAAUUCCUUACCAUGGACACUCUAACUUUUGAGGUUCCAGGUACACCUAAACAAUCCUCGUUGGUGACAAUUCUUUUGGUUCCAUUGGAUUGUGAGUAGCCUUAAAUCAAAACCGACUACAAAACUCAUGAUUCCUGGCUAACAAAUGCUUUCGCAAUAGCCAGUAUGUAUCCUUCAUCCUUUUUUGGUUAUCCACCAUACAACAUUAUUUUUUCCGUGGUUUUAAACUCUUCACUUUCCCAGCGUAAUUACCGCGUGCGCUAUUUUGAUAAUGCUUCUUUUGAUCCUUGUUAAGUGUUUUAUUGUUUUGUGUUUUUAUAAUAAUAUGUCAAGGUUCUUCCUUGGGGUUUUUUCUGCAGAGCUGAACUAAUUUAUAUGCAACGGCGAGCUUGUUAAAUCGCAUAAUUAUCUGACUAACGGUGCGUGAAAGAAGGCAAUUAAAACUCUCCAAGUUCUGGGGACUUCAAUAGUUACUCGUUUCCUUGACAUAGAACUGACAACAGCAACAACAAUUUAUUGUAUCCAAAGUAGAAUAUUAUAGUUAUUUUACAAGUUGUUAAAUUAAUCAAUUAACUAAAAGGAAUACGGACUUCCUGAAAUAACUAAUAAGUUAGAAAUGCCAAGAAGCCAGAUUCAAUAAGAUAAUUUAAAUAAGUUUAUUGUGCGGGGUACAAUAUGGCAGCAUAUCAGACUGUAUACACACAAACACACAGAUAUACACAUAUACACUAACACGUAUUACCUUAAGAAGAGCGAAAAAGUAGCACGGAAGUUACGAAGUACAAGAUAAUUGGCAAUAUCAGUACAGCGAAAGAUAAUGUUGUUUAAUUUUUUAUUUAAAUUGAGAAAGAGAAACUGCUUUAAUCUUAUCAUCAAUUGAGUUCCAGAUCUUUGGUCCUUGAAAUCUAAUAUUAAAUUUUCCAUAAUUAGUUCUAGCUUUGGGAAGGUAAUAUGACUGUUUAGCUGCAGAUCGUGUAUUGUAAUGUUGGAUCUCACUUACUUAAGAGAAAAGUACAUCAAAAGCGGAAGGUAAUAAGGAAUUGUUGAAUCGUACAUAAAAACUGCAAUAUGAUAUGAUAUCAAAUCAUCCAGCUUGAUUAUGUUCAAUUUUCUAAAUAUUGGACUCGAGUGUUCAUGAAAACUUUUAAAGGUCAUAAGGCAAAUAGUUCUUUUCUGUAAAAUAAAGAGAGGUUGGAGAGUUGUUAAAAAAGUGUUGCCCCACGCAAUUAUUCCAUAAAUCAAAAAAGGAUAAAUUAAAGCAUAGUAGAGGUUAGACAGCAUUUACAUCAACAUAGUAGCGAAUCUUGGAUAAUAUUUCAACACUUCUCUUUAUUUUGGUUAAAAUAUAUUGAAUCUGAGAUUUCCACGACAAACUUGAGUCAAUGAAGACAGCAAGAUAUUUUAUACACUUUUCCUGAUUUAAGCACUUGUUUUCUAAGAUUAACUGGAAAUCACAGGAAAUCUUUUUUUGUGGAGGAUGGAAGAUAACAAUACUUUAUUUCUGUAUAUUUAGUGAAAGCUUGUUAGAACGAAGACACAUAAAAACAUUUUUUAGUUCAGUAUUUAUAUUUUGUUGUAGUAUAUUUAUGUCUUUGUGUCUACAAAAGAGAUCAGCAUCAUCAGCAAAAAGGUGGAAGUCAAAGAGUGUUGGACAAAGAUGAAAGUCAUUAAUAUGUAAUUAAAAAAGAAUUGGACCGAGGUAUAACACACGAUAUAUUAGUAAGGUCAGACUAUGCCAAUAACAGUAACAAAUUGUUGGCGAUUAGUAAGAUAUGAAGUAAACCAGUCCUUAGCAAUACCCCUUAGGCCAUAGAAGGCAAGUUUUUCAAUAAGAAUAACACGAUCUACAGAGUCAAAUGCCUUACUAAAGUCUAGAAAAAUACCACAUGAUAGAUCACCUUGAUCAAUUGCCUGUUGAACUUUGUCAAUAAUACUGAGAAUGGCAAAGUCAGUGAAAUGAUUAGAACGGAAGCCAAACUGACCUGGAAAAAGCAUCUUUUCCUUUUCUAGAAAUUUUAAAAGUCUACCAGACACAAUUUUUUCUAGAAGCUUAUUGAACGUAGAAAGUAAAGAGAUUGGACGAUAAUUACACAGGUCAGUAUGAGAACCUUUUUUAUGAAUGGGAAUUGCAUUUGCAACUUUAAACUUGGAAGGAACAAUUCCAGUUGAUAAAGAGGUAUUAAACAAGUUUGCUAGGGGCGCUGAUAUGACACUUUUGAGAAUUUUAAGUAUAUUCACAGGGAUACUAUAUAAGCCAGUGGUCUUCUCAGAUUUUAGAUUAGUAAUUUCAUUUUCAGUUUCAACUGGAGUUACUGGAAAUAAAUAAAAAUGUUUACAUGAGGGAUUUUUGAGAUAAUCUAGUGGAGAUUUGUUGACAUUAGGAAUUAAUCUGGCCAAGUUAACUCCUACAUUUGCAAAGUAAUUGUUAAAUGCAUUCGCAACUAAUUUUGGGUCAGUUAAUUUAACAUUAUUUUGAACAGUUUUGAUAAUUUUCUGACUUGUCUUUGAUUUAAAGUGAACUAUCUCUCUGGUACUAUUCCAACCUUUUUACUAUUAUUAAUUUUCACUAAAAACUAAUUUUUAUAAUAUAGCCUCUUACUACAACCAGUUGCAAAAAUGUUGAGACACUCCCACGGAAAAACGACCUUUCUUGCUUCAAAUCGCUGGUGGUCACAGGUCUGUAAAAUGUAAUACUGACCUCCCUCCUCCCUCCCAUUCAAAGUUGUUCCUCCAAGUUUUGAGUAUGGUCUUGUAUUGCUAGCAACUUUGAUAAUGGGUGGAGGGGGGAUCACAAGCACAAGAUCAUGGACAGGCCAUUUAUGCCAAAAUACCAUACAGUGUCUCAAGUACUUUUGCAACUGGUUGUAGCUCUUAAUAAGUGACUAAGCCUGUUUCUAUAAUAUUUGAGUUUACAAUGAACAUAUACAGAUUUAGUCUUGUAUUUUCUAUACAAUGCAUUUUUCACACGAAUUGAGGUCUUUAGUGCAGGUGUUUUCCAUGGUUUAGAAUAAAAUGUUUGUUCGCUUUUGGAGAGUCGUCUAGUAGGAAUGUGUCUAUCUACAAUUUGACGAAGUAUUUGGUAAAUAGAAUCAAACAUCCUAGAAGGAUAAGAGUCACAUUCUAGAACGGAUUGGCAGUCGACUGAUCAGACAUCGUUUAGAAAUGCAGAUUGAUUGAAGUUUGAAUAAUCUCUUCUAUAGAGUUUUGGAUUGGAUGACACAUCGGAAAAUCUAUUUAGAAUAACAAAGUUUGGUAAAUGAUCAGACAGAUCAUACACCACAUUCCCACAGAUAGUGAUAUGUUCUACUGAAUUAAAGAAAAUGCUAUCAAUCAAUGUAGCAAAGUGGUCAGUAAUUCUCGUUGGUUGAAGAAUAUGUGGAUGGAAAAAGACAUGUGCCCAAGGAAUUAAGGAAAAGUUCGGAGUCAGCAUGAGAAUCAGUUUUUAGAAGAUCGAUGUUAAAAUCACCCAUGAAUAAACAAAACUUAUUUUCUUGUUGAGUAUGUUCAAUUGUUGAUCAUGAAUUAAUGUAAUCCAUCAAAUUAUCUACAUUACUAUUUGGGUGUCUAUAAAUUAUUCCACAUAAAAGCUUAGGUUGAUAAUAAAAAUCAAUUUCAAGUCAUAGGGCUUCAAAGUCAUGAGUAGAUUUGUAAAUUCUGUUAUAAUAAUGUACUUAAAAUCAUUCUUAAUCUAGAAAGCAAUGCCAUAUCCUGAUAAGUUAACAUUAACGAGCAAAUCUUUACCAUGAGAGAUCUUUGUUUCAUAUAGUCCAAUCAGAGGGAAAGAAUGAUUUAACUCAGAUACAUAUGUGACCCAGAUAUAUAUGUAACAUAUGAAUAAGAUUGUCAUGGCUAGCAGACAAACUUCUUAUGUUGCAAUGCAUCGCUGAAAAUGCCCUAUGAUUUGAUAAGCACUCAAUUAUAUUAUUGCUACUGUGAAAGUCAUGUGGUGUAUAGUAACCAAAAUUCGUAUCUGAAGGCAUAUGUAAAUCAAUAUCAAUAUUCGAAAGGUGAGGAAUAUUUGAUACUGGAGAGACGAUAUUAAGAACAGGUAAACACCCUAACUCAGCAAACCUUUCCUCUCUAAACUCAUCGACAUUAGCUACACUGGGAAAAACGGUUUUGUAAUAGUCAUAAUUGAAAAAAAGAGUUUUCAGCUCCACUUUGUGUAUGUGUGUGUUUUGUUUACAUAUAUGUAUAUAUAAAUAUCCGAUUUUUAGCGCUGAAUAGAAUACAUAAGCCGUUUCUUGCGUUGCCAGAUGAUCACUCCUGUUAUUCCUACUUUUUUUAAAAUAGACGGUCCCAUUAUGGCUCUUGACGGUACGACAGAACGGGUUAAAGUUACUUAACGGGCAAGUCUAGGCAUCCUUAUUGUGCCUAUUGUAGUAGAGAAACGCUCAUUAGAUAAGGAGGAACCCACUUAUUAGUAUGGAGGAACGCCUUUUUUGCGAGGGAAUCCUGCAUAUGUAAUGAAGGGAAUCCACUUUUUGCGAGGGAAUCCUGCAUAUGUAAUGAAGGGAAUCCACCUUUUGUGGGGGAAUCCACCAAAACGGCGGAAAAACAACAUGGUAUAUGCCACUUACGUUUACAUCAAUGCGUUUGCGUGGGAAUAAAACGGGGAACUAGAGCUGUUAUGUUCAGUGUGGCUUCUUUUAUUUAACAAUUUUGUUUUUGGACUUCCAAGUUACAAUAACCCAGCGUAGGGCUUUCUACAAGUUGCUCGAGAUUUUCCAAAAAGUUUCCCGCGAUUGCUCAAAAAGUUGUUCAAAAGUUUCCCAAAAAACAAUCCAAAGUUGCUUUUUGAAACGAAAGUUGCUCACAAGUUGCUCAAAAAAACAAAACCUUUUUUUGGUCUGAUUCUAAAAUAAGCAAAUUGGACAACAAAAGUAAGAUUUUGAAGCAUUUUUGUGCAAUUUUGCGUCGUAACCAGCGUUGCUAAACAACUUUGUUCUCAAUUAAAACCAAAAAAUGAGCCAAUAAAAAUGUUAAUUGACAUUCCUCAUUCGAGAAACCCAAGUUAAUCGAGUGUGAAUCUUCGUCCACUAUUUUGCAUUUUCUCUAAAAACCGCUGACCUAGCAGCCCAGCUGGGAGGAUUUGGCUCCUCUUUUUUUACAGGAAAUUCAUAAAUCAUCUACUAAAACAUUUCGAAAUAUGGAAGAAAGGCCAAUUUAAGCACUAAAAUCUGCUCGAUAUCUCAGAAUUAGAAGAUAACUAGAGACGUUGAUCAAAGUUACCAAAAAGUUGCCGAGCAACUUGUGGAAAGCCCUAGCCCAGCUCUGCACCAGCAACGGACAGCAAGCAGAGUAAAGUAAAAAAUUAAAAGCUAAACUGGUUCAGCUCGUUACCGUAGUUCUAGCCAUAGUUACGAGAUGUUGACGUCAUAAAAAUUAAUUGAUGUUCCCAAGGUGGGGGUUUGAGUAAGCAUGGACGUCCCGUAAGUUCUUAAACAAGGAAGGGGUAAAAACGACAAAACGUAGAACUAAGCACAGUAGGAAAUAUGCAAUCAAAUCUUGGAGCCAUAUUUUUCACUUGGAUUGUUACUUUCCCCCCUUUUCGUAUAUAUCCUUUCCUACCCCUUCGGUUUGGCGAGAUUUUUUAAUAAACCUAACCGUAAACCUUUUCUCAUCAUAGCCUGCGGAAAGGAUGCUUCCUCCGAGAAAGGUGCAAUCCCUAAAUCAGUGUGAUUGCAGUUGCGCAUCAGAGAGUGCCUGUCGUCCAGGUCAAGGUAGAUAUAACUUCUAAAAUGGCGAAAACUAACUUGCCUUAACUCCAUUACCCGUUUACCUGUUAUACCAAAAUUAACGUAUAAGAUCUGUUGAUUUCCUAGAUUCCGACGACAGCCUUCCCAUUUCAUGCAAAGAAAUCUGGAAAAAAACUAAGUAUGUAACAAUAGUUAACAUUCUUUUUAUUGAGACAACUUAGGAUGGUAUAUUCACUUGACUUCAUGUCUCAGUGAGAGUAAUAUAAGACCACGUCCUCAUUUGACAGCUUUUAAUGUUAUUCUUCUGUGUAAUGUGACACACGCCUUUUUGGAGGUUUAAAUUUUAUAAGAUAAGCAUAAAGAAGACUUGGACGCCAAAAUUGAAACUCUGGGAAUUCCCCUCAUUUUCAUCUCAAAACUUUAGAAAACUUGAAACUGGCCUGUGGAAAAUAAGCUACCAAGACAAACUACUUCGACUUCGCAUUCUAGAUUCUGUAGUUGUUCUCAAUAUGGCCUACAGUUUAAUACUUUAGGGAUACUCCUAAAACAGUGUACACUAUACUAGGAGAUACAUUAUAAAAUUACUGUUUUUAAGAUUUUAUCGACACAAAAAUUUAGUACUAUAAAAAACCUAAUCAUGCAACUUAUUGUGGGCAUUAUACCAUUAGUGAAAGGAAAAAUAUUAGUAGUUACAGUUAACUUGCCAAAUGUGCUUAACUCCUGCUACGCGUCACUUUAUGCAGACGACACUGUAAUUUAUUGCUAUGGUACAUCCUCAAAGGAGUUGAGUGAUAAGUUAAAUAACGAUCUACUGGGUGUGGCGAAAUGGCUUCAUGAUCACAAACUGACUUUAAAUUUGGACAAAACUAAAUGCAGGUUAUCGGUAGUAAUAGGAAACGCGAAAGCAAAGUAGAUUUGACUGUUCCAAUUUUAGAUCAUAGUAUAAGUAAUGUUCGCAGCUUUAAAUACCUCGGUAUACAUAUAUCUUCGGAUUUCACAUGGACUGAUCAUAUUGUACACCUAACUGGGAAAAUCAAUCAGAGGCUUAGGCUUCUAAAGCGUAUAAAGCAUUUAUUGCGUUUCAGGGGGCGUCUACUUUUCUAUAAAAGUCUUGUUAUGCCCCUUUUUGAAUAUGCUGAUCUAGUAUGGGGCGAUAUACAUAAUAUUACCCUUAUGUCUAGUUUGCAAGUUUUGCAAAAUAAGGCCACUGAAGUUAUUUUAAAUAGACCAUUGUACUCAUCCUCCACUGAGGCAUUAGCCGUUCUCAAGUGGCUGCCUCUAGAGAAAAGGCGAUUUCAAAGAAGGUGUGUACACGUAUACAAAUGCAUCAAUGGCCUAAUUAAUCACGAUAUGGACUUGAUUAGACGAGACCUACUUCAUAGGCAUAAUACACGUAACAAAGGCAAUUUUAGAUUACCACGUGUCAAAAGAAAUUGGGGGAAGCAAAGAACACAAUAUCAUGCCGUUUCCGAUUUUAACUCCCUCAGUCAGACGAUCAAAGACUCAAGUAAUGUAAAUAGUUUUAAACGUAAUGUUUUUAAGUUUUUAAUAUAGCUACUUACGUUUGAUUUUUACAUAUACUUAUUUUUAAUUUUUUAUGCAUUUUUUGUAUCUUUUUAGUCCCUUUGGAAUUUUAUAGCUUUUUUUUGUUUUUAUAAUAUAUAUCUAGUUUUGAGGUCCUUUUUGAAAACUAUAUCUUUUAUGAAAAAGUUUCCUCAAUAAAGAUGAUUAUUAUUAUUAUUACAGGUAACUUAUUCCAGGCUUCUAUUGAAUUUGGUUAGAACGAAUAUUUAGAAACGUUACAACUGAAUUGAAUAUGACGAAAAGGGAAUGCAUUGUGGCUCGAGAAGCCCUUGUUAGUGGACAUACUUCAGAUGAAAGGGAGAUACCAACUAAACCUUGUUGGAUUUUAUAAAACAUUGACAAUUGGUACGAAAGUCUGCGUCGUUGAGGGGAUCCCAACCAAGCUGUUUUAGCAUGGGAGUAACAUGACUAAAAUUUGAGUAGUGUCUACAAACGAACCUUGCUGCUUUAUACUGAACUAGUUCGAUAUGGUGAAUAUUCCGCUUAGUAUACGGAUUCCACACAGAGCACGCAUACUGUAGGUGAGGACGCACAAGGGUAGUGUAUGCCUGAGAUUUGACAUCCGUGGAACAAUCCGGCAAGACAAAGUGUUCUAUUAGCCUUACUAAAAUGUUGACUAAUAUUUUAUCAUUAAAUUUCUGCAUGAUCGUUUCAUGCUUUUUCCCCUCAAUUCUAUGCCCUCGCCUAAUUAACAAUGCGCAAUUGAUGUCAGUAGUGUGUUAGUACAGUUGUUUCGAUAAUCUUUGAAAGCUUCCUGUCCAUAUAGAUAGUCUUGCCCCUGUUGAUAUAACAAACCUUUUAUUAAAGUCACCGAACAUGUAAAACAACUAUAAUCAAUUCAUCUCGAGACUUCAUACGACAUACGCGACACGUAUUUUAAGCUGUUAUAGUGUAAAUGUGUUAGGAAGUACUCUAAGAGUAUAUAAAAUUUAAGCUUUGGGGUUAUUGUGCAUCGAGACGAAUCGCUUAAACUAAAAACUAAUUAAGAUAGUGAAAUUAGCAAUAUGAGUUAUAUCCGACAAAUGGAUUAUUUAGUGUUUUAUACUUCCUAGCGCAUUACCCAGGGACUAUGAAAAUCGAUUUGCUGUAGUCUAGAAUAAAAUGUCGUGAACAGAGAACGGGAUGAUUUUCAUCCAGGGAACAAUGAGAUAAAUCGUUGAGUCACGUCGCCGCAAACAAUCUGUUAUAGACCUUUCGAUAUAUUUACAUUGUUUGAAUCACGUUCCGAAUAAAUCAACCUGUGUGUGAUCUUGAACAUUUUUCGCAUUUCAUUGCAUUGACCUUUCAGUAUCCGUGUUGAUGGAACCUUUUACAUUCGCACUGGUCUACCAUCCCGAUAUGAGGAAGUGUUCUGUCACAUGACACCAAUUAACGGAUGUGGGGACGGGGGAUGGACGCUUGUUAUGAAGAUCGAUGGGAAGAAGGUAAAUAUAUUAAACACCGCAUAUUUCUUUGAUUAAGGUCUUACUGAAUGAAGAAUAAAAGGUUUUCACAGUUUGCUAGAAAAAGAAGUAACAGUGGACAUUAAUUUCUACUUUGGCCCAAAAGGCUCAAACACAUUUCAGUUUCCCAAAACAUAACUCAGUUUCUCGAACUCGAAUCAAUCUUCCCGAAACAAAAAUCAGUUUCGCAAAACAUAAAUCAAUUUCCGGAAAUACAAAUCAAUCUUCCCAAAACACAAAUCAAUUUCCCGAAACACAAAUUCGUUUCAGUUUCAACAGACUGGUCACUACCUUAUUAUGACGAGAUGGCCUGGAAAGUACAAUGACCAAUUCGAGCCCAGGGUCUUUUGCAUCUAAUAUGGCGACUAUCUGUACUGGAUGUAUCUUCAUUGUUUUAAUCAGCAGUUAACGUGAAAAAUGUUCUACCAACGCUGCGGGCAACAAGUUUUAAAAGAAUGUUUGUUCUUCCCUUAGUGUGAAAUCAAGCUGGGCACUGCUAUACCUUUUGUUAGGCUAUUAUUAUCCAAGGCGUCCCAAGCUCACGUUACGAGUGUCGAAUGUAAAUUAACUUUCUCUCAAGAGAUUCGGUGUCGCGUUACAUAUGACCGUUGAGACAUAAGAGAGAUUAAGAAUCUUAAAAGAUUCACGUUUACGCCAAACGGCAAACGUCAGAUUCAAGUUGAGAAUUUCUCCAAAUAGAAAAUAAGCAGAUAAAAAUGUCCAGAAAAAUGUUUGUGUAUAAAACUAGCUUGAAACUACUUAUUAUUUAGUUGAAGUAAUAAACAGUUAACGGCAAUUAAGGGAAAACUUGGUCACGUGGUACAAAUUCGCGUUUACCGUUUGGCGUAAACGUGAAUCUUAAUCUCUCUAUUGUAUGAGAAAUUUAAAUACUGAGGUCUGCGAACGCUAGAUAUCAUUAUAUUUUACCCUUACGUCUAUAAAAUAAAUAAAGGAGACUUUUCCUUUUAUUUAACAACACCUUAUUACAAAUUUACAUACAAAGGAAAAAAUUACAAAAAUGGCAAAGGAAACUGCAAAAAUUACAAAAUUGCAAGAUUAUCAUUACAAAAAUUAUCAUUACGCCAGCUUAUACAUAAGAAAAACAAAAAACAAAGAUAGACAAUGAACAAAGCAAAAGGCUUAGACGCAGCACUCGUUGUAAGCAGAAAAGCAUGCAAAUCUAUGCAAAGGAAAUUAUCAGUGGCAUAUGGGAGGGCGGCGAGUAAACAAUAAUGCUCUCCAAGGAGGCUCUAGCCUCAUAUAGGCACCUACUGUCACAUAUGGCCCUGGAAUGAUGGAAUAGCCAGAAAAGUCCAAGCUCCUUCACAUGUUUUUAUCGUAAAAAUGUGUCAAACAUAAGCCGGCAAACUAAGCCCUGUGUAGCUUUGUGAGAGAGAUUUUUCAUUGUAUGACCCAUGUUUGGACAGACUAAUACCGGUAGUUUAUUGCAAGUUGAUUAUAUGCCUUCAUUUCUAAAAUACUUAAUCCACGAGUUCGCCAGGGGCACCCUUUGAUUUUGCUGCAGUCCUACCUGGGUACAGCAGUUUGUAGGCCAAUGGAGAGCUAUAAACAAUUUCAUUACCAUUAUGCAUCGAGUCCUAACUUUAAUAGCUCCCCUCCCAUCUGCUGUUCUACCCUUCCUUAGUGGAAGAGUUUUUCCUCGUCGGCGCUUGAGCAAAUUUUCCUCUUCAAUAUAUGUCAUGAUGCUCCAAUGUUGACGGUUACAGGCGGGUCAUCUUUCCUAUUUAUCCUCUUAGUUUCCUUGCUCUUUUUUUGAAUUGCGACUUUCUCUCAUCCUUUUAAUUAUUUAUGAAGGUGUCCCCGAGGGAGGAACAGGCUUAGAAGAAAUUAAGGUUAAAUCAAAUAUGGCAAUUCCAGCGCUGCAGCACAGUCAGCUCUCCCAUUCCUAUUGCUGGUCGAAUCAAACGUGGGAGAAUGAGCUUCAGUGUUAUUGGUCGUAGAAUUUCCACACUACGCAAAAUUGAAUAGUAUUCUUCAGUACACUGCCGCAAUAACCGCAAAACUUUUAAACAGGAGAUAAAGUUGCACGAUUCCAUGUCGUCGCCAUAUUGGGCCCGAUUUCGUCACUCUGCCUUCCAAG